CUUUGUUCAUGCCUUAUCUCUAGUGAUCUCGUUAUGAAUUUGACAGAACAGCCUACGGAGAUUCUGAUUCACAUCUUGUCUCAUCUAACAUGGUUCGACAUUGUUGCUUGCUCAUAUGUCAAUAAGCAGUGGCACUCACUUGCUUGCGCAGAAUACUUGUAUAAAGAUCUAUACUUCACAUCGUCUCGCAAUAUGGACGCGUGCUUGACUGUCUUCAACGAAACUGCCCUGAAGAGGAAUUAUCCCAGUCGACAAAGCGAGUAUUCCUAUAACAAUUACGGUCACUUUGUGCGAGGCAUUCAUUUGGCACAGACUAUGGAUAUUGUGGAUUACAACAUAUUACUGGACUUACUGAAGCAUUUUCCCUUUGUUCAAAAUAUAAAAAUCGGUAACCAUGGUCUGACUGAUGAACAUCUUGCCUGUAUUCGACAGACAUGCCCCAAUCUACGGAGGGUGGAUACUUCAGGCUGUGGAUUGGUGACAUGGAAAGGUCUCCUAGAUCAGCAAUGUUGUGAUCAGCGCCUUGCUUUGGAAUCUUUAACAACUGGAUUGUGCUUCGAGUUCUGGUCCACCCCGCCACUUAGUAUUGCUCCAGGCAUACAUUUUCCUUUCCUUAACGAAAUCAAGACUCAUGUCACCAAUAUAAAUCAGUUCCAGCAUGCUCGACAGCUACUUCUUAUGUGCAAGGAAACAUUGGAAAGCGUCGGAAUCUAUUGGUUUUAUCAGCCAAGCAUAGGAGCAGAAUUAACUCUCAUGAGUAACACAUUGCAAGCUUUAUCCAAUCUGAAGAAGUUAACUCUCAUAGGCUGUAGUGGCCAUGUGGUUGAACAUUUUGGGCCACAUCUUACCGAACUAGAGCUGCGUGGAAGGUGUACAGACGUCACAAUCAACGCGUUUUCCAAAGUUAAGAAUUUACGGCGAUUGUCAUUGAGUUACACUGGGAUUCCAGCCCACAAUGUUCAAAGCGUCUUGAUAGCAUGUGGAGAGAGACUGGAAAGUCUUUAUUAUAAUGAGUCAUCUCAAUCGGCACUAGACAAGGAAACACUUCAACACUGUUCUAGACUCAAGUAUAUUCACACAUCCUUAAGGGAGAGUACCAAAUUUUUAGAUACUAUAUCACAACUUUAUUCAACUGGACUGGAGCAUAUAGUAGACACUUCGCAACUGACAAAUUCUCUUGCUGAUAAUGGCAUGCCUGAGGAAUGUGUUUGGCCACGCCUUCUAUCCACAACAUGGAAAUCUGUCAAGUCAAUUCAUAUUAUCCGCGCCGCAGUUACCAUCGACCAACUACUUUAUUUUCCCAUGGCCUUCCCUAACGUUGAAUACAUAUCUUUAGUUUUGAAGGACACUGAAGGCCCCAUGUUGGAAAAGGUUAAGCUAUUCUUACGUCAUGCUCAUCAACUCAAAAGACUUCAACUUGGUGCUGAAAAUGGAAAGGAAUGUCUCGGCGAAGAUCUCAAUAUAGCUAGAAAACUACACCGACUGUUUGUUACAUAUAGAUACUGGAAAGAACAUCGAAGCAAAGAAUGCUAUCUUUAUUGAUGCAGUGAUGUUGAAAGAGUGGUUGGAUAAUCAGUAGAAAUGUAUGAUGCGAUGCAUCUCUGUAAAGAAAGUUUUUUUUUAAUUGAUUUUUAUUUUUUAUUUCAUCUUUAAAAAAAAAAGUCUUGUCGAAUACGAACUACAA